CCUGUGCCACUUCCAUACAUUCCGCCAGCUUCCCGGCUUGACCUUCUCUCUCUCUCUCAAUAUUCUCUCUAUCUUGCCUGCAAACCGCCUCUACAACAAUUCUCCCGAUGUGGCACUUCAAGACUGCCGACUAGUGCGGCUACCUCGAAGUACUGCACCGUAGUUGUAUGGCAAGUUCGCUCUUUGUCCGCGAUGUGUCCGCCAAAUACGAGGUGUUUGAAGAAGGCAGACUGUGAAAGAGAGGGCCCUUCACAUCUACCAUUUGUCCGAGACUGCUCUCGACAACUUUGGGAGCAUGCCAUUCGUCUUCGAGGCAGCAGCCGUAUAUGAAAGACCGACCAAGAAACGAAAAAUUACCCCGUCUGUGAACAUGGCGAGGGAUUUGGCGCAGGCAUGUUUCGAUGCUGAGGGGUCGUCUAUAACCCAGCAAAAUGGACUGCAAGAGAAUUUUGCAUUGAAGGAAAGAGGAAAUGAGGGGACUACCACUACACCUGUCGUUACAAGUGAUCGAGAAGAGUUGAUCCAGUGUAUUAAAAAGGGACAGCGGCCGACAUGGGUGCCCAAGCCUGGGCUUGAGGCUCUUUGUGCUGAAGUCAAUGCCGAACAAAAGGAAGUCCGUACCAAGCUGGUACAAUCAAAUGAGGGCAUCCACCCUCCAGAGAUACAAGAUUCGCAUGAAUGGGAAAGACCGACUCCCGUAUUCACUCCUUCAGUCUCUGCCACAGAAUCAUUGAGACAGUCCUUGUCCGCCUUACACACUGGAGAUUUUCGAGAUGAACAGCGUGCUCCUCCAGACUUUGGAGCUAUUUCAACCCCGACAAGACCUCUUGCUGGUCAUCCAGCUUCGCCCCCGUCGGCAUUUUCAGAUGUACACCAUUUUGUGGGUACUUCGCUCUCACCUAGAGAACAUACUCUGGACAUCUUGAGACGAUCUCGAGCACCUUCUUUAGGGAGUAGCCUAUCAUCAAGUUUUGUCAUGCGGGUUCCAACCAGUCCGCUGGUCCACGCUGUCAACAGUCCCUCACAAGACCUUCCCCAUCAAGAUUCCCAAUGCAACGAUGGAUCCAAGACUUCUAGGAGGCAAACUAUGCCGCCGAACGCUUUUCAGUCCUUACGUGCAUUGCCCAUUGACCACUAUCCGUCCGACAGUGCGCACCAACCGUCAACGUCUUAUCCUCACCUCGAUAGGAACAUUCUUCCUCAUCGACCUCGCCGCUCGCUCAGCUCAUUCACGUACCAGCCGGCAAGCAGUCCCCAACUCCACUUCCCGGGAAAGUCGAGGCGUCCAUCAGUGGCAUCAGAUUCCUCCCCUCGCCAGCGUGCAUCAAUGGUUGGGUCUUUCGAGGAAUCUAUUCUGCGAGGUCGAAUGUCCACCCCUGCUUCGAAGCCUCUUGACUUUGUUGCACAAAUCGGCGUGGUUGGCAGAGGCAAUUGUCCGCCGAGUUUAAAGUGCCCAGCACACGUCACCGUUCCUUUCCCUGCUGUCUUCUACAACUAUCCAUCUGCCCAUGAAUUCAGGUCUAUCUCAGACGACAAUCCGAGUCCUUACGUUGGGACGAUUGAUCUGGAACAUAACUUGAACCCCCCAGAACCUCCAACCCGACGGCUCCGUCGUGCUCCUGCGCCGGCCGACCCGGAAGACUCCUCGUCGAGGGAUACGUCAGAAACCGGUAGCAGAAAGCCUAGCAGAUCCAAAGUACCUACAGGGGGUGCCUAUCGAGUGCCGCAACAGGGACAGCUGCAAAUAAUCAUCAAGAACCCGAAUAAAACCGCCGUGAAGUUAUUCCUGAUACCCUACGAUCUCGAGGGAAUGACCCAAGGAACAAAGACAUUUGUUCGGCAGCGGAGCUUCUCAUCAGGGCCAAUCCUGGAAAAUGCACUGACGGAAACCCGCGUGAAUCCGUCUGCGUACGACCCUCUCAGCAACAAAGACAUUCUCCGCUAUCUAAUCCACUUGAAGUUUUGCUCGACAGGAAAGGGUCGAUUCUACCUCUAUGACAAUAUCCGUGUUGUUUUUGCCAAUCGGGUCCCUGAUGGCAAGGAGAAGCUGAGAAAUGAGGUGCAAUUGCCUGAACCGAGGUUUAGUCCAUACAAGCCAGCUGACAUUGGAUCACGAAGUCCGAGCCUCUCCGAGCAGAAGUUCUCGAUUUCGUCGAAAGAAACGCCAUAUCCAGAAUUUGGAUCCAUGGACGGCAUGCUCAAACAACACGUCAUUCAAUCCGGCGACGUACACGACCCAUCUUCCAUGGGAAUGUUUUACGAUGCCCAGCCUCGCGAAUCAGCUCUUGUAGGACUCAACAUAGUCCACAGGAACGAAGAGAGGCGUGCGGAAGUUGACCAGAGCGUGUCUCCAGUUUCUGGGUUCUUGCCGUCAACAUCUUCGCGAAGUUCACCUGUUCCAUGGCUGGACACUAGUGGCAACCCUGUCGCGCGUGGCUUGUCCCCCGCGCCGUUGGAGGUGGGGGACGGUCUGAUCUCGCGCAAGCUUCGAGAAUUGAACGGUUCUGCUGCCAGGCCUUUGUGACUGGGAAAGACUGGAGGCUGGUAUAGGAUUCACGACUCGUCCAAUCUUGUUAGGAAAUUUUUAGGAGUUCAAUCGCAGAGGGAUUGUCGGAUUAUUGGGAAUACCCCCUCAGCUUCAGGAGGGAUUGAGGGUUCGGCGUCAAGGAAAUCCUUAGGUAUAGACAAAUAUCUUCAUCUCAGUGCAUGAUUCUUCAUUAUUUUUUAAA